AUGUGGUGCUACCAGAAACCGGGCUUCGAAGCCCUCCUCCUCGCUGAGCUACAGAGACAACAACAGUGCAGCCAGUUCUGUGACACUUUGCUCAAAGCUGGAGGUGUUUCAGUCCCAGCACACAGUUGCAUUCUGUCGGCCAUCAGCCCUCACAUCUCCUCCGCUCUGUCGUCCUCACCGGCGCCCCCUUCUGGACAGAGCCGUCUCCUGGAGUUCCAGGCACUGGGCGCCUGCACCCUGCUGCACAUCAUCCGGCUCCUUUACUCCGGAGAGAUGGCUGGGGAGGGGGAGGACGAGAAGCAGGAGGCCAUUUACGCUGCAGCCAAGCUCGGCAUCAGCGACUUGGUGGAGGUGACGAAGAGCAGAGGAAGGUUUGGUGGAGGGACGGAGCAGUACACGGAGGUAGGGGUCCAAACGGAGCCACAGAGUACAGAGGAGCAGGAGGGGAGGCUGGUCAGAUGGAGGAGAGAGGUGAGGGAUGGGUCCACCUAUCUGUGGAAAGACACGGAGGUGUCAGGUGGAGGAAGAGACAUGUGGACUCAAACUGAGGAACAGCUUGUCAACUCAUGUCCUCCUGUCCCCUCAGUGGUCCCCUAUGAGACCAUCGACAUGAGCGUCUUCCAGAGUUUAGGACAGACAGAUUCUCAUCAGCUUGUCACGCUCAUCUAUCCACCUGAAGAAAACCAAACGCUGCAGUACACCUCUGCUCCACCAGGCUGUCUGCAGGAAUCCACCACACCUGGAAGCACAUCUGUCGCCAAAAUGACGCCACAGUACGCGCCUCUUCCUGCUCCUCUUCCUGCUCCUCUUCCUGCUCCUCUUCCUCAUUUCUCCACCCAGACGGCUCCCUGUGUGGCUGAUUCUCAGAGCUGCUGGGCCGACCUUAACCCAGAGGAGUGGGAAGGAAAGAGUUUGGAGCAGUUUGAGGGAAACAUCGUGGGAUUCAUCAACCACUUCCUGAACCCGGAGAAGAGGGAGAGCCCUCGCAGGGGGUGGGCAGGGAGGAGGCCAAGGGGUGCCCAGGCAGCCAACAGCGGACAGCAGAGGACCAGGAGACCCAGAAGGAGGGCUGGAGGGAGGGGGCGAGGCGCGUUCACUCAGAAAGUGGAUGUGCAGGAGAUUGGGGUGGGCAAACUGCAGAAACUGUUCCUGCACAGGUGGAGGGUGAGGACGCCCAGAGCAGGUCAGGGUGGGGGCGCUGUAGGUAGGAGGUUGCACCAAAAGACCAGGGAGGAGCUGGAGCCAGCCAAGAAGAAGCCAAGGAGACGUGGAAAUGUGUUUGAGGAGGACCAGAGUCAGGAGGUGCAGCAAGGCGGAGGGGGAGCGAACACCCAGCGGGGGAGAAGAAAAACCACACAGCAGGUUGCCAAGGCCGGUCUUCCUAUUGGCACGGAUCAAAUCUGCAGGAACCAGCCAACACUAGAUUACCACUCUGAUCCACCCAACAACCUCUACAGUGGGCCUAGUUUAAUGUCUUCCAGUCCCUCCAUUCGACCGAUGUGUUCUCAUGCUGCAUCAUAUGUUUCCGCAGCACCAUCCCAUCUCUACAGCCCGCAGUUUGCUCCUCCAGCUCCUCCUCCUCCUCAUGAGGACGAGCCUGAGCACAUCGAUCGUUUGUUGGAGGAGGUCUUUCAGGAUCUGGACAUCUUACCAAACAACAAAGCUCCUCUUUCACAGUGUCUUUCAACAGGCAGCGACCCUUCUGGCAACUCUGCUAUCCAAAACAAACACCAGGCCCAGAUUAGCAGCUCUGAGAUGCCAGUGCUGCAGCAGCAAUGUGAGGGGGAGCUGAAUGACAUUCUGGAUAACUUAAUCCAAUCAUUUGAGCAGCCUGAUGAAAGCAAUAACACCAGGAAGGAGAACGAGACGCUCAUUGAGAGCUCUCCAGAAGCCAGACAACCAGUCGCUGUCCAGAGGAAACACGAAACAACCAAGAUUCACGAAGAAACCCCUCACACACCUUCUCUACAGCGCAUAGGCAAUCACUGUAGAUUGAGGGAGGAGCUGGAGCCGGCCAAGAAGGAGCCAAGGAGACAUGGAAACAUGUUUGAGGAGGACCAGAGUCAGGAGGCGCAGCAAGGCGGAGGGGGAGCGAACACCCAGCGGAAACCCCUCACACACCUUCUCUACAGCGAAGGUGUAGAGAAGGUGGUGUUCACUAAUUGUUCAACACCUGGUGAACACCUGUACACCAGGUGUUCUCAAACACCUGGUGUACAGAGGGGUUAUACCGGACUACCAGACACCCAGGACGUUUCCUCUAGAAACUCCAAAUCCAUCAAACAAGCAAGGAGGCCAAAGAGAAGGAGGGCAAACACGUAUCUGUUCUCAUUGGAGAAGAGAAAGGUGAAGAAGCUGGCACCGCCACUGGACUCAAAGGCCACAUCGGGUCAGCAUCAGCAGGAGAAGCAGCUGCAGCAUACACCGGUGGUAAAACUGGCCAGAGACAACUUGCUGUCAGUCAGAGAGGCGCUGCAGGGAAACAACUGUGAGGAAAAGGUGACUAAACUAUCUGCAGUCUGCUAA